AUGUAAUUUUUUAUUGGUAAAAGUCAAGAGAAUAAAAAUUUAUUUGCCUAAUAAUCAUUAAAAAGAUUAACAAAAGAUCUUCUUGAUGAGAAACUACAAGAAUUAAAUGAUAAUACAUGUUAAAUAUAGAUAAUCCCAAAUGGUGAAAAAUUGCAUUUAUAAAUAUCUCCAAAAAUCGGCUCGUUUAUUUAUAACAAUUACUAAGUAUAUCAAACUUGAGUAUUUUAGUUUUACCUAGAUUUUACUACUAAUUAUCCCCAUAAUCCUCCUAUAAUUUAUGUAGAAUCAAACAUUCCCCAUCCUAACAUUGAUUUAAAAAAUCAUUAAGUUUAUCUGAAAUUUUUUGAUCCAACAGUUUGGAAACCAAUAUAUGGGUAUUUUUAGAUUUAUAACUUAGAUUAUACGAAAUAAUCUUGGCAAUAAAAUAAACAAUUCUUUACAUAGAUUAUACAUAUAUUCCAAAUGAUAUAUAAUGUAUCAAAAGUGCUUAGAGAAUGGGUUAAUUGGAUCAUAGUACUGAUGAAGAAGAAACAGAUGACAAAGGAUUUGAAUUAAGUGAUAAUUUCAAAAGAAAUUUUGAGUUACCUCUACUUUCAAGAAUCAGUGUGGAAAAUGAAUAAUCAGAUGAUACAGAAGAAGAAAAUCAAGAUGAUCAUUUUGAAAGAUCUGGUUAAGAACCUGCAAUAAUCAAUUUAACUAAAAAUACAAGACACAUUUUAGAUGAUAAAAAUACAUUACCUAAACCAAAAAAGUGA